UGAGCAGCGACGCGCACUUUUAGGACGUGCUUGUGACCCGCCUUCCGGAAGGAAGCGGCUAACUAUGGCGACCGCCACGGAGCAGUGGGUCCUGGUGGAGAUGGUACAGGCGCUCUACGAGGCUCCUACUUACCAUCUUAUUUUGGAAGGGAUUCUGAUACUCUGGAUAAUCAGACUUCUUUUCUCUAAGACUUACAAAUUACAAGAACGAUCUGAUCUUACAGUCAAGGAAAAAGAAGAACUGAUUGAAGAGUGGCAGCCAGAACCUCUUGUUCCUCCUGUCCCAAAAGACCAUCCUGCUCUCAACUACAACAUCGUUUCAGGCCCUCCAAGCCACAAAAUUGUGGUGAAUGGAAAAGAAUGUAUAAACUUCGCCUCAUUUAAUUUUCUUGGAUUGUUGGAUAACCCUAGGGUUAAGGCAGCAGCUUUAGCAUCUCUGAAGAAGUAUGGCGUGGGGACUUGUGGACCCAGAGGAUUUUAUGGCACAUUUGAUGUUCAUUUGGAUUUGGAAGACCGCCUGGCAAAAUUUAUGAAGACAGAAGAAGCCAUUAUAUACUCAUAUGGAUUUGCCACCAUAGCCAGCGCUAUUCCUGCUUACUCUAAAAGAGGGGACAUUGUUUUUGUAGAUAGAGCUGCCUGCUUUGCUAUUCAGAAAGGAUUACAGGCAUCCCGUAGUGACAUUAAGUUAUUUAAGCAUAAUGACAUGGCUGACCUCGAGCGACUACUAAAAGAACAAGAGAUCGAAGAUCAAAAGAAUCCUCGCAAGGCUCGUGUAACUCGGCGUUUCAUUGUAGUCGAAGGAUUGUAUAUGAAUACUGGAACUAUUUGUCCUCUUCCAGAAUUGGUUAAGUUAAAAUACAAAUACAAAGCAAGAAUCUUCCUGGAGGAAAGCCUUUCAUUUGGAGUCCUAGGAGAGCAUGGCCGAGGAGUCACUGAACACUAUGGAAUCAAGAUUGAUGAUAUUGAUCUUAUCAGUGCCAACAUGGAGAAUGCACUUGCUUCUAUUGGAGGUUUCUGCUGUGGCAGGUCUUUUGUAAUUGACCAUCAGCGACUUUCCGGCCAGGGAUACUGCUUUUCAGCUUCGUUACCUCCCCUGUUAGCUGCUGCAGCAAUUGAGGCCCUCAACAUCAUGGAAGAGAAUCCAGGUAUUUUUGCAGUGUUGAAGGAAAAGUGCAGACAAAUUCAUAAAGCUUUACAAGGAUACGGAAACUGGAGACUUUUAACUGAAAGAAAAGGACAAUUGAUAAAUGAGUACAUCACAGCUGUUCCAGAUAAAGAAGGGGCAGAGACAAUUAAAGUUCUGGGUGUGUCUGUGUGAUAGUAACAGCAGUUCUUGCAGGAUUUAUGGUAGAGAGAUAUAUUUGUAUUGGUUCCAGUUCCAUUGGUUUGUGAAGGAUUAAUAUGCCAACACAGCCUAGCAUAUUGGAGUCACUGGAAAUUCAUCAGCGCUAGCCUUACAUGCCCUUCACUCUGUGGUGUUAACCUGCCUUUUUCUAAGUCCAAUCUCCACUUACCCCAGCUCUAUCACACAUUUUCUUUCCAAAAUUCCUAAUCCUGUCUUCACUCCCCUCACUUUUAGCUAACAGCCUGGCCUUAUGCUGUCACUUGGGACUCUGUCAUAUUUCCUGACAAAUCUACACACCUGUGGGUAUCUGAACCAGUCUUCCCUCCUGUAGGCCAAUAAAUGUUGCUCCAACUACCACAGGCCCUUUUUUAAGGACUGAGUGCCUUUGCUUGUCCCUGCUACUUUGUCAUCAGCCUGUCCCCUUUCUUGUGUCAUUUGAUUAGCAGUCACAUCCACUUUAAAUUCCUCUUGCCUGUCACCCGACGUUUCCCUCUGCAACUCCCCAUGUCUUUGCUCCUCUCGGUAGCUAUCAUCUCCACGUCUUCACUUACACUGGCAGCUCUGAGACCGGGCUUCUGCUACUGCCCUUCGCCUGGACUCUUUUUGUGGAGGUCUCCACUGACUGCUGAAUCCAGUGGACCAUCUUCAGAGCUCAUCUUCUUGAUGUCCCCAUAGUUUUCAGCACAGGUGACCACUCUUUCCUUCUUUGGACUCUGCUACACUGCACGCCUGGAUUUCCUUUUACAUCUUUGAAUGGCUCCAUCUCGGUCUCCUCUGAAGGCUUUCUUUCAACACCUUGCUCUUCAAGGCUUUGUCUGUGCUUCUCUUGUUACCUUCUUGAAGAAUUGCCUUCUUCCACACCUGGAGCUCCACACUGUUUCAUGACACCUGUAUGUAGACAGCUCCCAGCUUCAUACCUCCACCCUGGACCACUGCAGCUGCAGGUCUCACACCCAGUUGCCUACUCAGUAUCCACAUUGGAAGACUCCAUGGCACCUCAUAGUAAACACGCAUUCAGAAGGGUCUCAGGGGCAAGUGCUGGUAUCUAGAUGGUUACAGAAAACAGUAAACAAAAUAACAAAGAGGCCAAUGUGACAGGAGGGAAGGAGUGGGAAAUCUGGUGGAAGAUGAGGGCUGGGUCAUGGGCCAUCCGCACACAGGGACUUGUGAGCCGUGAUGAGGGCGUUGGCACACAGAGGAAGCCCUGGCGUGGUUUUGAGCAAAAAAGUGAAACAGCCUAUCUGACACCCUAGCAAAAUUACUUUUGCAUGGUGUGAAAAAAUACAUUGAACAGCAGUAAGAACAGAAGUAGGGAGACCAGUUAGGAGAUUGACGCAGGUGAAAGGUGAUGGUGACUCUGACCAUGUUGGGAGCCAUGACGUGCGAAGUGUCUGGAUUCUGGGUAUCUUCUGAAGGGAGAGCACACUGGAUCUAGCAGAAGUUCAUAUGCAGGGUGAGUGAGAAAGAGAAGACUCCAGGUAGAGCUUAGGGGGUUUGGUCAGAGUAAGUAGGUAGAGUUGCUGAUGAGUGAGAGGGACAGAACUGUGGAGAAAUACUUUCUGGGGAAGGUCAGCAGUGGUUAUGUUAAGCCCAAAGUGCCCAUCAGACAUGGAGUGCAGAGCAGCAGCUGGAUAUACAAGUGUGAAGUGUGAGGGAGAGUACUGAGCUAGAGAUAAAUUUUUGAGUCUUGGGGUAUGGCUAUUAUAUGAAGCAUUUCAGUGUGAAGAGGUCAGAAACUAGCGAAGACUAGUCCGAGAAAGAGUGGCCAGUGAGGAAGAGGCAGGCUAGGAGAGCCUAGAGUCCUGGAAACCAGGGAAGAAAUUGCUUAUGUAGGAGGUCAGCCUGUGACAUGCCACUGCUGACAGGCCAGACCAGAUAACAGAACACUGAUCCUUUGACUUCGUCAUGUAGAGGUAUUAUGACUUGGUGAGUAGUUUCAGGGGAGUGUGGGGUAAAAUGCCUGGUUGAAGGAGGUUCCAGACAGGUGGACACGGCUUAGAUGACUGUUUUGAGGAGUUUUUCUCUGAAGAGGAACUGAGAAACAAGAUGGUGGCUGGAGAAAGAAAUUGGUCAGGAGAAGAAUGUUUCAGUUUAAGAUUACUGAGAUCAAUUUCUGAAUAACAUCUGGCUAAGUAUAAAACAUCCUUUCUCCUACUGGUUGGCCGUACUGUAUCCUAUACCAGGUUCCCAUUUGUACCUAGAUGUGUUUCUAAACUCUCUCUUCCAUUCCAUUGGUAUAUUUGCUCAUUCCUCAGACUCUUUUGAUUUUGUCUGUUUUUAUCACUGUUUUGGAAUACAGGUUUAUCACUGGUGUCUGUUUUUAUCGCUGUUUUGGAAUACGGGUUUCUCCAAAAUUACUGCUAGACUCUUCAUUGGAACUGCAUUAAAUUUUCUGAUGAAUGUGGAAGGAAAUGUCAUCCAUGAACAUGAGCUCUCUAUUUAAAUCUCCCUUUGUGUCCUUUAAUGGAAUUCCUAUAAUGCCCUUGUACCUUUAUGGAACCUUUAAAGGGAAUUUUCAGACAUCCUAUAGAUUUUGUUGCCGUUAUGAAUGGGGUUGUCUUUUCUGUUAUAUUUUCUACUUGAUUAUUGCUGAUUCAUAAGAACAUUAUUAUUUUCUCUAAACUGACCUUAUAUCCAGGAGUCUUUCUAAACUCUUAGUAUUUCCAGUAGUUGUUUCAUUCUGUUAUGAUGAUGUGCAUGGAAGUCCUGUUAUCUGCAAUAAUGGUGUUCUGUCUUUCCUUCCUAAUGCUUUUACAUCUUAGUUCAUUUUCUUAUUUUAUUGCUUUGGUCUGAGUCCCUAAGCCGUAUUGAACAGUGGUAAUAAUAGCAAACAUUCUUUCCUUAUUCCCAGUAUAGAAGCACUUCUUCAUUAAGUAUAAAACAUCAUGCUAUGGGUUUUUGGGGAGUAGCUUUUAUCGAAUUAUUCCUAGUUUUGUUUUGUUUUGUGGUUUUUUUAAGAGACAGGAUUGUGCUAUGUUGCCCAGGCUGGAGUGCAGUGGCUAUUCACAGAUAUAGUCAACACACUAUAGCCUCAAACUCCUGGACUCAAGCAAUCCUCCUGCCUUCACCUCCCAACUAGUUGGGACUACAGGCGCGUACCACUGCACCUGGCUACAUGAUUCCUAAAUUUGAAGGCCUUUUUUUUAAAAUCAUAAAUAGAUGUUGAACUUUAUCCAUUUUUUUUUUUUUUACAUCUAUUAAGGUAAAUCAUAAAUUUGUCUUAUGGCUGAAUUACAUUGAAAUAUUUUCUGAUGUUACACCAUCCUUGCAUUCUUGAGAAAACCGUUACUUCAUUAUAAUAUCUUUUUCUACACUGUUGGAUUUAUUUAGCUAAUAUUUUAAUUUGACUUUUUAUAUCUAUGUUUAUAAUUUAAAUGGAUCUGUAACCUUGUACCAACUUUACGUAACAUAGGAGUCAGUGUUAGGGUAGCUUCAGUAGAUGAUUUAGCUAUUUUCCACUCUUUCUGCUUCACGGAAGCACUGAGUAAAACAAGGCUUGAUCGUUUCUUCAAAAGUUGAGAGUAGGUCUCCCACUUUACGGCCAUCUGGGCUUGGGGCCUUUGGUUUGGGAAUAGUUGUUGAUUAUCUCUCAUAUAUCUAUAUUAUUUUAACUUUUUUAUUUAUAUAAAUCUGGUUAUGUGUGUUUUCAUCAUAGUGUGUUUUCUUAUCUUUAUGCACUGUCUCAUUGCACUGUGUUCUUACUCUUCUUCAGCUUCUUACAUUUAGCUUUUGGUUUUAUUUCUUAUUUUCCAAUAAACAUAUUAAAGAUAAAUAUUUUCAAAGGCAGUAUCUUCAAUGUUUAGUUCUGAAUAAUUUUUUUGUUCAAUUUUUCUCUAAUUUCUCACUUCCCUCAUCUCUGAGAUUGAGUUUGGGAGAGGACGUCAACAUCGUAUGCUGGUUUGCCUCUGUUUUCAUUGUAAUAGAGAUAGUUAUUGGUGUCAGGUCCUCCCUGUAGACUGUAAGCACACAGUGGAGACCGUGGCUACCUUGGUGAUUGCUCUGUCCGUGGGAGUUAGCCCAGUGCUCCUUUAUCCACUGGGAUAAGAUGAUAUGUUUGGCAAAGUCUUUUGUUAAAGAGUAGUGUAAUAGACUCUGAAACACGGCUUCUCUGAACUCAAGCUACAACUGUGUCCAUUUGGUUUUAAUUAAACUCAUCUGACAUUCAGCAUCUAGGCAACCAGAGAUAGGGCAUUUUGUUGAAUUCCUUCUCUCACCAGCAUGUGAGGUGAGACCAUUUGAUUAAAAAGCACAAGUUAGAUUUGGACCUCAGGUGCCUUGUAUUUCUUUUCUUUUCUUUUUUUUUUCUUUCUCUUUUGAGACAGAGUCUUGCUCUGUCACUCAGGCUGGAGCACAGUGGCACGAUCUCAGCUCACUGCAACCUCCACCUCCCAGAUUCAAGCGAUUUUCCUGUCUCAGCCUCCUGAGUAGCUGGGAUUACAGGCACGUGCCACCACACCUGGCUAAUUUUUGUAUUUUUGUAGAGACGGGGUUUCACCAUGUUGGUCAGGCUGAUCUUGAACUCCUGACCUCGUGAUCCCCCCAACCUUGGCAUCCGAAAGUACUGGGAUUAUAGGUGUGAGCCAUCAUGCCUUGUAUUUCUUGAGGAAAAUUGAGGCCAUUUGAUUCAUAUGAAAUGCUAUUUGGAAAGCAGUUUUUUUGUUGUUUUUGUUUUUUGUUUUUGUUUUUGAGACAGAGUCUCGCUUUUGUUGCCCAGGCUGGAGUGCAGUGGCGUGAUCUCAGCUCACUGCAACCUCUACCUCCCAGGUUCAAGCGAUUAUACUACCUGAGCCUCCCGAGUAGCUGGGAUUACAGGUGCCCACCACCACACCUGGCUAAUUUUUAUGUUUUUUAGUAGAGACAGGGUUUCACCAUGUUCGCCAGGUUGGUCUCGAACUCCUGACCUCAGGUGAUCUACCUGCCUUGGCCUCCCAAAGUGCUGGGAUUACAGGCGUGAGCCACCACACCUGACUGAAAGCAAUUUUUUAAUACUGUGAGAAUACAUGACCUUUAAAAAAAGAAAAGAUACUUCAUAUAUGCGUUUAACAUGGUCAGAAUUUACACAGGAAAUGGGUUUUCAAAGUGUAUUGCUUAGUUUCUACAUUAGUAAAGAACUAAUCUAGAAGGUUCCCCCACAUUCCACAUGCCCAAGAUUCCAUGAUUCAGACCUGUAGCCUGCUUUAUUGACAGAUCUAGCAUGAUGUAUUAUAUUUAAAGAAAGGAGACACGAAUUAAUAAUGUUCCAAGGCCAGGUCAGAUGAGUUUCCAGAAUUCACAUUAUUGUAACACACAGUAGUCAUUCUGUAAAGGCUUGUUGAGUCCUAAACUGGGAAGAUUCAGUUGUGCUACCUAGUACUUUUUAUUGUCAUUUCGUUCUGAGGGAAAAACAAAUCGUUUUGGGUGAAACAAACUAAAUGAAAGGAAUCUAAAAUGUUUAGCUCAGUUUCAAAUAGACAUAUAUCACAUUUGUGUCCUAGGAGGUAGGUCAAAAAUCAAAUAAUAUUUGUUGUUAUAGGAUAAAAUAGACCUUAAAUGAACCUGACUAGAUGGUAGCCGAGAUCGUGCCACUGCACUCCAGCCAGCCUGAGCGACAGAGCGAGAUGCCAUCUCAAAAAUAAUAAUAAUAAUAGUAAUACGGCAUAGCAUCUCAUGGCAGCUGUAGUAAAAAUACAGGAUUAAAUUUAAUUUAAUUUAAAAAUACAGGAUUUGGCCCCUAAAGAUCUAUCUUUCUGCCUGAGAAGCUGCAGAUUUUUGUGCUGUUAAUCCUAAGUAAAAAGAAAAUAAUUUUAAUCCAAGUAAAAUCUAAAACUUAACAUGCAAAUAAGGACAUUUUUCUAUCGAAACAUAUUGCUGUUAGUCAAAAUAUAAUGUAUGUUUGGUAUUUGUUGGGUUUUUCUUUGAGACAGAGUUUUGCUCUGUCACCCAAGCUGGAGUGUAGUGGCACAAUCUCAGCUCACUGCAACCUUGACCUCCUGAGUUCAAGCGAUCCUCCCACCUGAGCUUCCCAAGUAGCUGGGACUACAGGCACAAGCCACCACACUCGGCCAGUUUUUUUUGUUUGUUUGUUUUUGUUGUAUUUGUAGAGAUGGGGUAUAAUGCUGUUAAUGUCAGAAAUCAUCCCUGUAAUUUAUGAGAGACAAAAUAAAAACUAAAGACAUAGAUAAUAAGCAAGGAAUCAUAAUAUAAACGGUAGUGAGUAGCUUGUGAAGGAUCCAGACAGUAUGGAAAAAUAGCAAAUGAUGGAGCAGAGCCUUCCCUAAAGUGGGUGAUGAAGAAGGCCCCAGCAGCAGGCAGUGCUGGAGCUGGGCCCCGGCACGUGCAGCCAGCACAGGGAAGAACAAACAUCGGGGGUGAGGGAGCACAUGGCAAGGGAAUGACAGGCCAAGGUGGGGCCCGGAGGGCCUGUAAGGAGGCACAGACUCCCUGGUAGGAGGCACAGACUCCCUGGUGGGAGGCUGGGGCCACGAGAGCCAGUCCUGCACUCAGGAAGCCACAUCACAGGCAGACU